GAAAUUAAAAACCACAAAAAUUAAUAAGAAUUUGACGUGUUUGAUGCGCGCAUUGUUUUUCUUAGUUUAUCGGUAUUCGUAAUUAAUUGUUUAUUCUAUUACACACUUUUAAGUAGCCAACUGCCAAUCGAUUUUAAGGGCUACAGUUUUAAAGAUAAAAUUUAUGAGUGUAUCCAGUUUCCUGUGAAAAAUAAUAUCAACACGUCGUGUUUCUUUGUUUCUUUAUUAAUCGACGUAAUAGUGCAAAAUGCCUAUUUUAUUCAGUGUGGUAGCUCGAGGUACAAUCGUGCUAGCGAAGUAUGCAAGCUGUGCUGGUAAUUUUACGGAAGUAACAGAACAAAUACUAUCGAAGAUACCACCCCGUGAUGACAAGUUGACGUACUCUCAUGGAAAUUAUCUGUUCCACUAUGUUGCGGAAAACAAAUUGGUUUAUUUCUGCAUUACCGACGAUAAAUUCCAACGUUCGAGAGCAUUCUUAUUUCUCAAUGAGAUCAAGAGGAGAUUUACGACUGCGUUUGGCGACACAGCCCAAACAGCUAUACCAUACGCCAUGAACGGCGAAUUUGCCCGCAUACUUGCCACAGAGAUGAAACACUACAGUGACUCCAAGGACUUGGACAAUAUAUCGAGAGCCCAUGGAGAAUUAGAUGAACUCAAAGAUAUUAUGGUCAAAAAUAUUGAUAACAUGGCGAUGCGCGGGGAGAAACUAGAAUUACUCGUGAAUAAGGCUGAUAAUCUAGCUACAAGUUCAGUCUCCUACCGCACCACAUCAAGGACUUUGCAGCGUUCCCUGUUUUGGAAAAACGUGAAGAUGUACGUAAUAAUGGCGGGCGUUGGUGGUGUGGCCGUAUACCUCAUUGGAGCGAUGGCCUGCGGAGGACUCACAUGGAGCAAAUGCGUCGGAUAAACAUGUACAUACAUUUUAUAUACAGUAUAUCAGAUAUAUCAUCAUCGUUAGGAUUUCACUUCCAUUUAUACGAUAGCAUAGCUCACGGUUAGGAAGGGCGCGCGCUCAUCGCGUCCCGCUUACAUACAUUACUGUUUUUGUACGAAGCGAUGUUCGUGUAGUCUGUCACCAAGCAAUGUAAAAUUAAAACGGAAUGACGAUGCCGUCUGUAUUUAGGUUUAAGUCACGCAUAAUUAGUUUUUUUUUUUAUAAAAUCGUAGUUAUGUAGAAAAUUAUAAUAAGACCUUGAUACUGGCCAAAUUAACAUCCUUGUUUGAAUAUGUAAUCAGAUAUUUCGCUUUGUGGUUUUUAGUUCGCUGAUCACUUAAUACCUGUGAUAGUUAGACGGCAAUAGAUUUAGUGGGUUGUGCAACGGUUUGCGUUUACUUGCAAUGUAAGUGAGAACGCGAAUGAUAUAUAACCAUUACCUACAUUAAAUGAAAACUGUUGCACUUGCAGGAGCGAGACAGCGCAUAACACGUCAUAUAGCGGCAUCUCGCUUCCGCGACUGCAAUAAUAUUACUUUAAGACAAUUGGUGGCAAGGAAGAUAGUAAAAUGAGUAUUCAAUAACUAUGUAUUUUAUUAUACAUUAUUAUCAUGUCAUAAUCAAGUCUUGUAUUCACCUAUUUAUAUCUCUUAGAAGACAUAUACGCGAAGUUUUUCAAAAACAUUACCUUUAAGCCGAUUUGGGUGAAUGAAUUAGUAUCAAUAGCACCCCACUAAAUUAAAAAAAAACUUCUAGAACAAAUAAAACAUUGACGCGGCAUAAUACUCGAUAGACGGAAUAGCGAAACAAAAAGCACAUUUACCUAAAUUGUAUUAAUGUCUGGGAAAACGAAUUCUCUUUCAUGAUAAAUACUAGUUUGGUGACAUUUAAAAAAGUAAUUUUACAACUGGUUACACUUAUUUAUAUGUAUCAGACAGCCACCAUAUUUGCGUUUUGAAUAAAUUAUAACGAAUUACGUACAGACUUAAAAUUUAAAGUUUACUAUUACUUAUUAUUAUGCAUGGAUUUAGUUAUGAAGUUUUAAAUGUUGUUUAGUAUUUUUAUAGACGAAUGCUGUUGAAAUAUAAUUGCAUUUGAAACGUGCGCGAAGCUAGCAAGCCAAUUGAAUCAGGCGGCUCGGCUCUAAGAAACUUAAAUAAAUUACUGCAGAGUGCGCGCCUCUAAGAUUCAAUUUGUAGAUAAUUUUUAUUGCAUGUUUUGAUUCAAUAUUUUUCAUGGCCAAUUAAUUCAAACCGGAAUCGAUUUAUUUAGAAAGACUGGGAUUUAAUUCUUGCUUUAAAAUUGUACUUUUUAUCCAUUAAUUGCUUACCGGGAGUGAGUAAAAAAAUACAUAUAUUAAUGUAUAUAGUUUGUUUGCACUUAUAAAUGAAGCGUUUUUUUUUCUAUAUUGUUUCGAAAGUGAGAACUGUUUGUAGUUUUGGACACCUUUUGCAACACGUUUGGUUCACCAAUUGUAUAAACAAUAAACACAUGCCAUUUAAAUUUGUCUCUAAAGUAACUUAUCAUCAUUAUAAGGCAAGUUUUUAAUGUCAAUAUGACUGUUCCUUGUAACAAUAAAUAGUAGAGAUCGUUAUUAUUAUUAUUCAAACAAUUACAGGAUUACACAUCCUUCGUAAACGAUCUCCUUUGGUGAAUGUUUCUUGGAUGAUAUCGUAUUCCUAGCUCAACUAAUCUUUCACGUCGGUUUAACUUCGGAGUAGCAGUUGAAAAAAUCCUUAAAAAAAGUCAAUGUUAAUUACCUAAUAAAAAUAUGCUAGAAAAUUAUACACAAAUAUAAUUAAAAUCUCAGUCAUUCGCGGUCUCUAUCAACCAUCUCCCAAUCUUGAGACGGUCUAACAUGUCUGUUUUGAUAGAAGAACCCGUUUUUAAAGUGCGAAAACCGUAUCCAAAUCGGUUCACCAAUUUCCUGAGAUAGAUUCAAACAUCUUCGAGGUAACAUUCAUGGUGAUACCUUAAUAAUUCAUAUUAUUAUAGUAAAAUGUAUGUACAUAGUUUUAGUCUUUAACAGAUUUAUGUCGUUGAAUUUUUGUAAACAGCGAUUGUUGUAUUGUUUUAUAAACGUGUCGCCAACACUAUGUGAUAAAGUUGACCAGUUCCAAAUUGUUCUAUUAGUUAGAAAAAAAUGGUUCAAAGGUUCGUUUCGUAUUAAAUAAUUUUGUAAUUUGAAACUGAGCUAAGUAACAGAUCAUUUAAUUCCGAAGUAUCAUAUAUCAAUCCUCCUAAUAUAAAUAUUGUAAAAUAAUUAAAUUUUGAUUUAACAUCUUAAAGCGUGUAAUACAUGCUCCCAAAUCUAUUUAUUCCAUAUUAUUAAUAAUCUAUUAGUAACAAUAAAUCCAACUAAUAUGUAAACAAUUGUUUUAAAUAAAGACUAAAUAAAGUAUUGUGAUAUUGAGUGUAUAAUUGAAUUAUGUAAGUAAUAAUCACUUGUUUGAUAUGUAUAGAAAGUAUGUUAUAAACUUGUAUAGGUUA